AUGAAUCAAUGGGACGAGAUAAAAAUCCUUCACCUGGUUGCCCAGGGGCAUGAUUUUAAAGAGGAUGUUAAAACUGACAUUGAUGAUGUUGUUGGAUAUUUUGAGUACUAUACGUACCUUGCCAAAAGUUUAGAUGUGAAAGUAAAAAGGUUGCCAUCUCUCUUCCCUAUUGAGACAUUUAAGAGUUAUGUGCUUAAGGAACCACUUAGAGUCAUUGGAUUGAUUACUCCUAUGGAAGUUAUCCACUAUUAUGGCCUGGCAAUAUUGAAACCUUUCGAGUUUGGUAUCUAUCACCUGUUUGGGAGCUGGCUGACAUGUGUAGGACGGUUUGGUUUCCUUCAGAUUGCCUUUACCAGAAACACUAUAACAGGGAGCAUGAUAAUGAAAGUAGCCACUCAAAUGGUCAAGCUUGUAUCUUUAGAACUUAGCAGGAAAAGCCCAAUCAUUUUGUUUGAAGAUCAAGAAUAUGAAGAGUCACGAUGA